AUGGCUCCCAAACAAGUGGUAACGUCAGACAAAGGACUCAAGUCCAACCUCUUCUCGCAGGCUACCAUCCACAAUGGUACCAUCUUUGUCAGCGGAAACAUUGGCAUCGUUCCCUCUACGAUGAAGAUGGUGGAAGGAUCCGUUGCAGACAGGACGAAACAAGCGCUCGAAAACAUCCAAGCCAUCCUGGAAGAAGCCGGAAGCAGCCUCGAACAGAUUCUCAAGAUGAACAUCUACUUGACAAGCAUGGAGGAUUAUGCUGCCAUGAAUGAGGCCUUUGCCAAGUUCAUUCCGGACCCAAAGCCAGCACGGACCUGUGUCUGCGUCAAGGAGCUCCCUUUUAAGACAGAUGAGCGAGACUUCAGGGUCAAAGCUCUAGGUCGCGACUAA